AUGGGCGAUGUUUCUUCGGACCACUCUCAAAGUUCCGGCGAUGGGGUUGCUGAAGGAACCAUGUUACCAAAGCGAGAACCUAUCUCGGCUGGGGGCGAACACGGUUCGUUAGGUAAUUCUUCCUUAGACUUUACACAAAGCAUCGAGCCACCAGGACUUUCACGUCAGACCGCGCAGUCAACAAAUGAAUAUCAACCAGCAUCGCACGAUCCUUCUUCCUCUGGGAACCUAGCAACAAGCCCUGCGACAUUGAAUAUGAACGAAAUGACAUCCGCAUUGCCGUCUUAUCCAGGCCCCUCACGAUCGUUUUCACAACAGAACGUACAAAUGCAGUUCAUACCAACGCAUCAAUCACAAGGAAUGAUGUACCCAGUUCACCAGAUGCCGUACGUCAACACGAACGCUCCAGGGGGCACGAUGUACAACAUGCCUUACUCCCAGCCUUACCACAGUUCGUACAUACAUCAGAAUUCCCAGCCUCAGGGAGGUUAUUCUCCCUACCCUGCCUCCCAUCAUCAUCAGACUGGAACACCCAUACACCCACAGCCUUCAGGAUAUAAUCAGUCAUAUUACACACAGCACCAGUACAAUCCUGGUUAUGGUGAAUUGCAAGCCGGAACAUCGAAUACGCGCUUGGAGGCACAAUCACGUAAUUUCAAUAAUGAUUACCGCCGGGCUCAGCUGGCACCACUUUCUACCACGAGAGAGCAGGAGAAUCGAAGGACUUCGAUGAGUUAUGAUGUUUCCUCAACAAUUGUCGAUGGGUCGUCACGCAUGAAGCAGUCACGGGCACCUUUGGCCGGCUCAGAUCACGGCCCGGCGCGACUGUCAUUUGCAGUUUCUCCUAGCAUGCCACCGAGGGGGCCUCCACGAAAACCGAAGCAAUCGGGACACGCUUUGUGGGUCGGCAACCUUCCUCCCUCGACCAACGUUCUUGAUCUUAAGGAUCACUUUUCCAAAGAUGCAACAAGCGACAUCGAAAGUGUGUUCCUGAUCUCUAAGAGCAAUUGUGCUUUUGUGAACUAUAAGAGCGAGGCUGCUUGUGCAGCAGCAGUGGCAAGAUUUCAUGAUUCUCGUUUUCAGGGUGUGCGGUUAGUUUGUCGUUUGCGUAGAGGUGCCAGUGCCGCUAGCUCAGGCCAGAGCAACCCGAUGUCGUCUCGACCGGGAGAUGAGGGUCAAGCUCGGGGUCAAGAAGAGAACAGGGAGCCGAGAGUUGUAGAAGAGUCUCUUGUUAGCCGCGCGCAACGGUCCUCGAGAGUCCCAGAUCGAUACUUCAUUGUCAAAAGUCUAACACUGGAAGACUUAGAACUCAGUCGUCGGAGUGGUAUCUGGGCGACUCAGACUCACAAUGAAGCAGCUUUAAACCGAGCAUAUGAGUCUUUUGUCACAAAGUCUGCGGACAAUGUGUACUUGAUCUUCUCAGCGAACAAAUCUGGAGAAUAUUUCGGGUACGCGCGAAUGGCGUCUGCUAUCACUGAUGAUGAAGCGCUCGCUCUCGAGGCGCCUUCACGACCGGAGAACCCCCCGACUGAAGCUGAUGACUUGGAGGUCCUUCCAACCGAAGCAACGCAAACGGCUCCGAAAGGGCGGAUCAUUGACGAUUCGGCGCGCGGAACGAUAUUUUGGGAAGCGGAUUCAUCUGAGGAUGACCGACACAGUAACGACGGUCACGAAGACGAGGCGAGUAGCCAUAACAGCGGCAAUAAUGGUGAGGAGGAGGAGGAGGAGGACGACGACGACGACGACGAUGAUGAAAACGAAGCUGGAGUCGAAGACGCCAAGCGCGAAAGAAUUACGCCGGCGCUGGGUGGAGAAGAUGCUAUACUCGGUGGUCAGACAUUUGGGAAACCGUUUCGUAUCGAAUGGAUCUCUAUCGAGAGAGUUCCUUUCUAUCGCACGCGAGGUCUACGCAAUCCAUGGAAUUCCAAUCGUGAGGUCAAGAUCGCUCGUGAUGGCACUGAGAUCGAGCCUAGCGUGGGACGGAAGUUGACGCAGCUUUUCCAUGUCCAUCCCAGUGUGAUGUCCGCCGGCGGGCAACACGGUCCGGGAUACCAGCGAUCAUAUUGA